AGAGCAGAAGGUCGAGCGGCUCCCGGCCCGUCCCCGCCAUGAUCCCCCGCGGCAAGAGGGACGCGGGCCGCCCCGCCGAGCCGCCCGACGGCGCGGACGGACACGGCUCCCCCUGGGAGGAGGACGGCCGUCUGUCCGUGCUGCCCCGCGACGACCUCCCCAAGAGCGUGUCCGACUCCUCCAUCUCCUCCUACCACUCGGCGCGGUGCUCGGAGACCACCGACACCUUCAAGGACUGCCUGGAGUUCCUGGAAGAGGACGAUGCGGGCCGCCUCACUCCCCCGCCGCCCUACGUGCCCCCCGAGAGCCCCCCAUCGCGCGGCCCCGGCUCCGGCCUGCGGGAGGAGCGCGGCCGGCAGCCCCAGCUGUCCGUCACGGCUAAGAAUAGCGCGGCGCCGGGCCGCGGGGGCAGGAUGGGUCCCCUCCGCGGGGAUCGGCCGCCCGUCGUCGCCUUCGUGGAGCGGCCGUGCGCGGCGGCGCCGGCGGCGAUGCUGGGCGAGGGGCGGCGGGCCCGGAGGGGCGGCGGGGCCAGCGACUCGGAUGAGGCCGACAGCGAGGUGCGGGCGCUGACGGCCAGGUCCUUCCGCAGCCUGUCGGGCCCCCCCGGCGCCCGGCUGGACAUGUGCAGCUCGUCCAGCCUCUCCAACUCGCUGUCGGAGGACGGCGGCGGCGGGCGGCGGUGGGCGGCCUGCGGGGAGCCCCGCGGCACUGAGCUGCCCGGUGUGCCGGCCAAGGACCUGUUUGAGUGUGUGGACGUGGAGCUGGAGAGCGGCGAUGCCAAGAAGGGGUACGGCAAGAGGAGGACUGUCCCCAAGCGGCAGAUCCAGCUGAAGAGGAAGGAGAGGAAGGAGGCUGGGUUCUUCCCACGGGGGGACAGCUCGGCCCCGCAGCCUCUGCCCCCCGCCAGGAAGGAGCCCCCGGGGAAGGGCAGGGCUGGCAGCGAGGACUUCAGGUUCAACUACAAGCAGUUUGUGAAGACGGCCUCCUUGGAUGGUGACGCCAGCAAGACCAGGAUGGCCUCCAGCCUGGUGAAGAACGUGCUGGCCAAGAAGAUGCAGUACGAGCAGCUCAUCAAGAUGGAGCAGCAGAAGGUGCUGCGGGGCAGCUCCACCUCCUCGGGGCCAUCCUCGGCCGGCACCGACCUGCUCGGGGACGGCAUGGAGGGCAAGUCCAGCUCGCUGUCCAAAUCCGACCUCAGCGCCUCGGCCGAGGACGUGAGGCUGGUGGACAUGAGGCUGGGGCCUUUCGGUGCCCACCGGCCGGCCAAGGGUGUGGUGCUGAGCGAAGCGACGCGGGAGAACGUCUGCAGGCUGAAGAAGACCUUCAAUGAGCUCAACGAGAGGAUGCGGUACCAGGAGGUGGUGCAGUGCCAGCGCCUGCCCGCCGCCGAGCCCUCCGCCGAGAGGACUCCCUACUGGCGAGCGCGGGCCCUGUUCGAAGGCCACAGCGGGGAUGGGAAGGUGCCGGCCGUCACCCCCAAGUUUGAAAAGCCUCAGAAGCCGUGGCCCAGCUUGAGGCAGCGAGCCAUCCGGCCCAGCAGGCCCCAGCUCGUCCCCUUUGAGCCCAAAAGCUUGAUGCCUCCCGACGUGCCGCCCCGGAGCGUCUUCACCUCCCAGGCGCGGGAUGUGAGGUUGGGGCCGCAGAGCCGUGGGGAGGAGAAGCCACCGCCUGCACCCCGAGAGCCCCCGAGACCCGGGGCCUCUGUGGGUACCCCCGCUGAGCCGGGCAGCAAAGGCAAGGGGCUGGUGCCGCAGCCACGGGACGUGCGUAAGCUUCUCAAGAGCAACUACAGCCUCAGCUUCGGUGCUGCCCGCGGACCCCCGGCUCCCGGCCCCAGCGGGGAAAGCACCGGGGAGCCCAAGCCGCCGUCCCCGCUCAUCAUCCACUGCACCUCGGUCCGACGCAGCGAGCCGGCGCCGAGCAUCGUGCCACCGGCGGGGGGGGACGUGGGGAUGGAUGGUGUCCGAGAGCCUGCACCGGCACGCACCGAGGGCACGGCAGCAUCCAGCAGCAGCCACGUGGCGCAGGGCUCACCUGUGCAGAUCAGCAAGGUGCAGUCCGUGCGGAGAGAGGCGCCCACCACUAAGAGCCCCCAGCCCAGCCCGGACACGUGCCGCCAGCGCAGUGAGAUCCAUGUGCCCUCACUGGUGGGGACUGUGGAGGAAACGCACGUGGAGAGCCACCUGCACGUCCUGGUCGGGCCUCGGUCCCCGCCUGUGGCUGUGGAGGCCUCCCCGGCUCAGAGCAGUGCUGUGCUGAGGACGGAGAAGACCCUUCUCCUCCCACCGCCACCACUGAGCCCCACAGAAGAGGAUGAGGAGCGUGGUCACGGUGUCACCAUGGGGGAGAGCACUGGAGUGGACCGACAUCGCAGCAGUGGGGACAACCCAGGGAAUGUCCAGGAUGUGAAAUCAGCGGUGAGGAGCACACUGAAGCCACCCAGCAGUGAGCCGGGCAGCCAGCUGUCCUCGGCAGGGAAGCACAGCCCCACAGACAGCACUGACCCCACUGCGCCAUUUCAAGCGAGGGAGGCUGGUGAAGGUCCCUCUGUUCCCCCUGUGCCACUCUCCAGCAGGCCACUGGAACAGAGGGAGACCAUGGAGCACGUAACGACGUGGCCGGGAGCCAGUGAUCCACAGCUUACUGCUGUCCAGACAGACAACUCCAACUACUUGACAAUUCCUGUGAAAGCCCCCAAACCUUCCCCAGUGCCAAAGGUGCCCCCGGUCCCCAGCCUGGGCACCGCCUCCUUUGGGACCCCUUUGGUCCCCCAUCCAAACAGCGUGUCCUUCGGGACCCCCUCGGUCUUUGGGACCCCUUCAGUCCCCAGUCCAGCCACUGCACCCAUUGGGACCCCACUGGUCCCCCGUCCAACUAGUAUGCCUUUUGGGACCCCUUUGGUCCCCAGUCCAGCCAGCGCAUCCCUUGGGACCUCCAUGGUCCCCAACCCAGCAUCUUUUGAGACCCCCGUGGUCUCCAGCCUGACCAGCACAUCCCUUGGGACCCCUUUGGUUCCUAGUGCAGCCAACUCCUCUUUUGGGACACCAUUGUUCCCAUACGCACUGAGUGCACCCUUUGGGACCCCUGUGGUCCCCAGUCCAGCCACUCCAUCCUUUGGGACUGCUUCAGUCCCCAGGCUGCCCAACUCAACCUUUGGGACCUCUUUGGUUCCCAACCCAUCCAGUACACCUUUUCCAACCCUUUCUGUUCCCAACCCAGCCAGCUCAUCCUUUGGGGUCCCCUUGGUCCCUAACCCAUCCUACACACCUUUUGCGUCUCCCUCUGUCCCCAAGCAGGCCAGCUCAUCCUUUGGGACCCCCUUGGUCCCCGGUCCGGCCACGAUGUCCUUUGGGACUGUUCCAGUCUCCAGGCCACCCAACUCAACCUUUGGUGCCCCCUUGGUCCCCAACCCAUCCAGCACACCUUUUAUGACUCCCUCUGUCCCCAUGCCAGCCAGCUCAUCUUAUGGGACCCCCAUGGUCAACAACCCAGACCCUACUUCCCUUGGGUACCCAUCAAUAUCUAACGUGGCCAGAUCUUCCUUUGGGUCUCCCUUAUUCCCCAGCCCGGCCAGUGCUCCUCUGGGGACUGGUGUGUCCCCCCAUCCCAGUGGGGAAGCCCCCUGGAACAAACCCCUCCCUGAGCCCCCCCAGCCCUCUGACGCUCUGACCACUGCUGUACCCCCGGCCCAGCCCCAACGUCACGUGGAAGAUGCUCCCCGGAGGACCGAGGGCUCCUCGCCGAGCAGCAAGAGCACACCGAGCCCCACACGGCCCUUUGCUCCCCACGCGUCCGCACACCGCAAGAUGCUCGUUGAUCCCGACAGUGGAAAAUGUUACUACAUGGAAGCGCCACGACAGCCCCAGCUGAAAACACUUUACGACCCAGAGACAGGGCAGUACAUGGAGGUGCUCAUCCCACCGGUGCCCGUGGCUUCACACGCCGGCUUCUACCAGUCUCCCUUCAAUCCCAUGCUCUAUGGCACACCCUACAUGGCCUAUGGCAGCUUCCCAGGGCUGCCAGCACCCCCGCCGCCCACCGCCUCCUCCCCGGCACACCCCGACCUGCAGGGCCAGCCACCGACCUCCGAAAACCCUGGGGGCUUCCCUGGAACCUUCAGCCCCAAUCCUAAGGGUGAGGGGCCGCCUGCAGCUGGGGGUCCUGACUGCGGGUACCUGGAGAGCCCCUAUUACAUCCCCACGGGGAUGCGGGCCAGCCCCAGCCCCAGCCAGCCCCCAGCCCGUGCCAGCCCUGCCAGCACUGAGAAGGGACCACUGCCCCCCAUGUGAUCCCCCAAAUGCAGUGCCAGCCCACAUCACCCCCAGCCCCGGCUGGAGGGACCCCGUGGUUGUGGCUGAGCUGGUGAUGGGCGCUGCCUGGACCUGACUGGCUCCCGGAAGGAAUGGGGAAAAGCGAUGUUUUCAGCCCCAGAGGGUUCCUGAAGUUGUGGGAGUGUGGCCACAGCAGCAAAGGGACCAUGUGCAUGGCCCCGCUCCCCCCAUCCUGCUGCUCCCAUCCCAAGGGUGAUGAACAGAGGCACCGCAGCUGCAGCACGGGCUCCUGAAAAUAGCAAUAAAAGCGCCGGGCCAACAUUAA